AUGCCAGUCAAAGCGGCGGACUCGAUCCGCUACCGCGCGGACGAAAAGGCUCAGGGAAAACUUUUGACGGCCAAGGAAAGACUCAAGCUGAUCGAGCCCUACCUUCCUGAACGACCCGUGGACCGCGAGCAACGGGUACGGCGCAAGUCGGUGCUGGGGGUCAGGCGCUUCCUCGCCAACCAGCUGUACCUAUUCGUCUACUUCCUGAUCCACACCGUCUUCUCGCUCUAUAUCCGCUCCCGUCAGGUCUACCACUUUUGCAAGGACCGCACCCGCUCCAUCUUGUCCUACCACCACCGCACCCCCGAGAUAAUAGAGGGUGAUGUCAAAAAGCUCAAGAGGACCCCCAAGCACCUGAGUGUCAUACUCCGCUUAGAGGAGGACAGCGGUAGGGCCGGUGCCGAGCUCGAAAGACUGGUCAACGAGGUGGCCGACAUUGCCGCUUGGUGCGCAUGCGCAGGCAUCCCCAAGUUAUCCGUUUAUGAAAAGACAGGCAUACUCAAGGGCUACCUGCAAAAGACUCACCGGGCAGUCUCUGCCAAGCUGGCAUCCUACUAUGGCGACUGUCACCCAGCACUAAUUGUCAAGGCGCCACACACGCCCUCUAUCGAGUCUGACCCGUCCGCCGAGAGUGGCUCCGAUGGAAAGCACAUCACCGUUCUUCUGCUCUCUGCCGAGGAUGGUCGAGACUCGCUUGUCGAUCUUACCAAGACACUGACCGAGAUGGCACAAGCUGAGAAGCUAUCACCAGCCGACAUCAACAUGGACGUCAUCGACACGGAGCUGACCGAGAGCGUUAUGGACGAGCCCGACCUGCUCAUUCACUUCGGCCCGCACGUCGUUCUGGAUGGCUACCCACCGUGGCAGAUCCGCCUGACAGAGAUUUAUCAUGCCCAAGACAACAACAGCGUCGGAUACCAGGUGUUCCUCCGCGGCCUCCAGAACUAUGCUCGCGCACAGUUUAGAAACGGCAAAUAG